AUAUAUUUAAUUUUUAACUCAAUAGGUGCCUUAAGCGAUGGCUAAAGAAUCUUUCGAUACUAGGUGUAACUCAGGUGGAACUGAGAAUGGACACACCAACAAUGGAUUUUGCCCGGAUGCGGUGCCAGAAGAAGAAAACAAACCGAACAAAAAGUUCAGUGUGCUACCUCCGGUGACCGUGGCCAGGCCCCACUAUCAUCAGGAGGAAUUGAACAACGAAAUGAAUUACAGUAAACCGAAGCGAAGGAUGACCGAUAGUGUGCUAAGUAGUGUGAAAGGAUUCAGUGUUAUGGAUUGUGUCAAGAGUGUAUUCCCGAUCGUCCGCUGGAUGUCGGAAUAUUCUUGGAAGCAGAACUUCCUGGCCGAUUUGAUCAGCGGCUGUACGGUGGCGGUGAUGCACAUACCCCAGGGCAUGGGAUAUGCCAUGCUGGCAUAUGUUCCCCCAAUCGUGGGACUGUACAUGGCAUUCUUUCCGGUAAUGGUUUACUUCUUCCUGGGAACUUCGCGGCAUAACUCGAUGGGAACGUUCGCCGUCAUUUCCAUUCUGGUAGGCAAAACAGUGCUGGAAUAUUCCACGGCCGGAGUCGGACUGCCGGGUCAUGUAGCGAAGAAUUCCACAUUGGCAGGGUUACCCGGCGAGGAAGUUAUCACCAGGGGACCGAUAGAGGUGGCGGCAACGCUCUGUUUUGCUGUUGGACUGUGGCAGGUUUUGUUUUAUCUGUGCCGAGUAGGAACGUUAUCGUUUUUGCUCUCGGAUACGUUGAUUUCCGGAUUUACCACGGGAGCCGCCAUUUACGUGUUUACGUCACAGGUCAACCUGGCGCUGGGAAUUCCACUGCCUCCCAUUGUUGGGACUUUUAAGAUUAUUCGUACGUAUGCUGCCAUAUUCGCAGGACUUUCGAAUGUCAAUCAUAUCGCAGUUUUUAUUACAACCUCCACCAUAUUGAUAUUGAUCCUCAACAUUGUAUUUUUGAAGCCACGGGUAGCUAAGUUCAGCGUAGUUCCGGUUCCAGUCGAGCUUAUAAUUCUGAUUAUCGGAUCACUACUGUCGACUCACUACCGACUGAGGGAAGAUUACGGCAUCAAAACUAUAGUUUAUAUACCAACAGGAUUCCCAGAGCCAACCCUACCGGAUUUCGACCUGCUUGAAUCCAUAAUUCUAGACAGCUUCGUAGUAGCAGUUGUCUCGUACGCCGUGACCGUUUCGAUGGGUGCCAUAUUCGCUCAACGGGAAAACUACGAGCUCGACUUCAACCAAGAACUGCUGGCGAUGGGUUCAAGCAACUUGUUCGGUUGUUUCUUCUCCUGCAUGCCGUUUUCCGCUUCGCUCUCGCGAUCGAUGGUCCAAUAUUUGGUUGGCGGAAGAACCCAAAUCUCUUCGAUUGUGUCGUGCUGUAUUCUGGCAGCGGUUCUGAUGUAUAUCGGACCGUUCUUCGAGCCGUUGCCAGUGGGUAUCCUGUCCGGAAUCAUAAUGGUCGCACUUCGUGGGCCACUGAUGCAGGUGACCCAGUUCAUCGACUUCUGGCGGCUGAGCAGUAUAGAUGCCGUGGUCUGGAUGGGAACUUUCCUGACAACGGUGCUGGUCAGUAUCGAUAUCGGCUUACUGGUGGGAGCUGGACUAAGCAUUUGCUCUAUCUUCAUCCGAGGAAUGAAAUCCUACACCUGUGUGCUGGAGAAUGUUGCGAACACCGACCUCUAUCUGGAUACGUCGCGUUACAAAGGAACAAUCGGUACCUAUGGAGUAAAGAUUUUCCAUUUUAGUGGUAGCUUAAAUUUCGCCACUAGAUCCAGCUACAAAACGAGCCUGCUGCAGGCGUUAAAUCUGGAUAUAACGCAGGAGCUAAAGCUGCUUUCAUCCUCAGAUGACGAGAGCAAAACGGAGCGAGAUCUUCGCUAUCUGGUGUUGGAUUUUACCCGCGUUAGUGAUGUAGAUCCAUCGGCUGUUUCGUCGCUCAAGACGCUGAUCAACGAGUUUGAGAAACUUUCCGUCAAGGUAUUGAUAGCCGGCGCUUCCUGUCCAGUCUAUGAAAUGAUGCGAAAGUGUAAACUGGUUGGCUCGGAUGAGCGCGAAUAUUGCCGGGUCUUUCCGACCGUUCACGAUGCGGUGGUUUGGGCUAGGAAUAGAAUUAUUCGAUAUCCGGGAAAGACAAGCAUUGCGGGAACGAAAUUUUGAAAACUGUGAUGAAACCGACGAGGUGGCUUAGUUUAGUGCAAUCGUAAUGUGUACCUUCGGCUAGAAUGAGUUUUGUGUAUAUUAUAGGUUUAAACGAGUAAUUCAAGUCAUAGUAUUCAAAGGAUUAUAUUACAAGUAUAAUUAAUCAUCGUUCGAUGAA